AUGUCUACCCCCCUCACCCCCAUCCCUUUUUCCACGCCCAAACGAGCCAGCAAGGACGACGACGAAGAGCCCAAGAAAGUCUCUCCAGUCCAGCGAAAGACACCUGACGGCCGAGUGCUCUACAAAGGUUGGUCUGAUGACUCUCUGGACACCCUGAUCGUUAGCAGCGAUAACAAGAGGUUCUACAUCGAGGGAUGCAUGCUCGAGGGGCAUAGCACCGUGUUCCGGGACAUGUUCUCUGUGCGAGCUGCCACCUCCCCACCCCAAACACCCCUCUCUCCUUGCUCAUCAGGAUCCCCCUACCCACGUCUGCUCGAGCUCACCGACACCACCUCCGAAGACUCCCAAACCAUCUGCACCCUCCUCUUCAUCCUCGAAGACGCCCAAUACACGCUCUCCCGCCUCGUCACCUUUGCUGGUGUCAGAACUGUACCCAUUCUUUACCAUGUCCCCCUCUUUGCCAAAAAGUGGGAGAUGCGAUUCCUGAUAUCCCACCUCCACGAAUGGAUCUGCAAAGUCGCUCUUGAGAGCUACAAGGCGCCGUACAACAAGUUCAGCCAGCAUGACUUUCUGAAGUUGGCAAUGUUGGCAGACCUGCCCUACGCUGCGCAUGCUGUGAUCAGCUCAUGGACGUUGCCAGUGGUUCUGCAAGAGUAUGGGUACUGGGCAGUCAGAAGUGAAGAUGCGCUGGACAUCAUGAAGUGGUCGAAGAAGGCUUGGGCAGAAUGGACACCAGAGUGGCUUUACGCGCUUCAGCAUUCUUCAGUCGACUCGCCGGGGGAUAAACAGAAAAGUGCUGCUUCUUCUAUCAAGCACCUCACAUCGUAA